AUGGCUGCAAGCAGCUCCUGUGCGAUCUGUGGGCUGGAGGAUUCUUGGAAGCACUCACUUCUGGAGUGCAACAUGGCGAAAUGCGUGUGGGCUCUAGAGAAGGAUGAGAUCACCGACCUCAUUGGAGAAUUGCAGGAGCAGGGCGCGAGGGCGUGGCUGGCGCAUGUAUUCUCCGAACUGGCCAGUGAUGAUCUAGUACGGGUAGUAGUCACGAUGUGGGCUAUCUGGUAUGCAAGGAGAAAGGCAAUCCAUGAAGCUGCUUUUCAAUCCCCGCUGUCGACGCCAAGGGAAGAUAAGCUUAAUCAUUAUAUUGCAAGGGAAGAUAUGCAAGGAGAAAGGCAAUCCACGCACAGCUUAAUCAACCAUUAUAUUGCUGACUUGGAGCUGACGAAAUCCACGCCAAGGGAAGAUAAGCAAGUGCAGUACCAAGGCGCCAGAUGGAUUCCCCCUCCACUGGACUUUGUUAAGAUUAACGUGGAUGCUGCAACAUCAAAGAAUUCCAACCAAGCAUCUGUUGCGGCUGUUGCCCGUGACAGCUCAGGCUCCUUUCUUGGUGCAUCAACACUAGUGUUUUCUGGUGUAUUUGAUCCAGAAACUUUGGAGGUCUUGGCGUGCAGGGAAGGCUUGGCUUUGGCGAGCGACCUCCUUUUCCAGAAGGUCAGAGUUGCUAGCGACUGCUUGAACGCAAUAAGAAGUCUUCAGGAAGAUGGGAUGGGUCGGUAUGGCCACAUUACCCGAGAAAUCAAGGAGUCAAUGACAAGUUUCCUGAAGAUUGAUUUUGUUCACGAGCGGAGAGAAUUCAAUCAAGAAGCACACAAGCUGGCAAGGAGUGCCAUCUAUGAUUCGGUUGGCCGCCAUGUGUGGUUUUGUAAUCCGCCUGAGGGUGUUUGUAUCCAGACUAUUUCUGUUCAUCAGUGA